AUGUCUUUUUCUGUUUUCAGCGAGAACCUCAUCAACGUCUGCUUGCCAGGCGAAAUGAUCAUGGAGAUCAUAAAGAUCGUGUCCGAGGGGGACCCUCCAACACCUCCGAAACGCCCUUGGAAUCCCAAAACGACUCGGUAUCAGGUCGAGGCGCCCACUGAAGAAGAUCCCUAUCUCCCCCCUACUUGGACUCUUCAACCAUCUUUGGCGCCGGCGAACCUGCUCUCCCCUGGUUGCGGUCACCUUGGAGGCGCCAUCGUUGCGAGCCAUGUCUGCCACAGAUGGAGAGAGCUGGCUCUUGAUCAUGCAGCUCUGUGGGCCAACUGCAUCGGGCUCCUUCCUGAACAGAUGGAGGAGAUGGUCCCUCGCUGCAAAUCCCAUCCAUUGAACGUGGUGCUCUACGGCUCAGCCGAACGUUCCGAUAGUGACAUCGUACUCGAGUACUUGAUAAAACACAAGGAAGUGGCUCGUUGCGUCCAAUGCCUGACCUUUUACCAGGCACGGAGAGGCCAUUUUCGUGAGCACUAUCACACCCCCGAGACCGCGGGCUUGCUCGCUCGCUGCGACCUCAGCAAUCUACGCCAUUUGAAGGUGGCAGCAUCCGAAGACGACGGUCGUCAGCCGGCAUUCUUGAGCCCCACGCCCCUCGACAUUACCUGGUAUUCGACUCAAGUCACUCGACUCAGUCUACCUGCGUUAGUUUCGGCCGAGAUCUUCGACACAUCGUUUGCGUUUGAUGAUGUUCGCAAUCUCACCAAGCUAUCCUGGCGUUUCCUUGAAGACGAAGGAUCCGAGGGCUUGUUCGACAAAGCUCUUCAUAUAGGACUACUUAUCACAUGUCUUUGCGAGUUGCAGGAGAUGCUUGAAGAGCUUACACUGGAGAGUGGGACGUAUCCUACCGACCAUCCAGACCUGUCUGACAUCAUCCAAAAUAUGGCAAACCAAAACGAUGGCCGCUUCGAACCCCUGCAUUUCCGACGCUUGCGAAAGUUGACAAUUCACGAACGAUUAUGGCAGCCAGAGCUCGUAUCCGCUGGCGACGAUCGUCCCGAUGAGCCCGACGCCUUGCCUGUACCCCUCUUGUACAGCUCACAAUCACCGAUGAAUGCCUUCUUUUCGCUCAUCACGUAUCCCCCAACAUGCCAGCUGGCCCUCGAUGUCGUAUGCGAGACCGUUGGGUCUUGCAAGAGCAUGGACGCGCUCCUCCAUCAGCUAUACGCGUCAGGCUCCCCUUUCUGGGAUGCUGCGCAUGUCACCUUUGAUCACAGCUCAGAGGAUCUGAUGCUUUUACUGUAUCAGAUCCCAGAAAACAUCUGGUGCCAGACCCCUGACGGAGAGACACCAAUGGCUGCAGACGCAUGGUUGGAUGCCGUUUUUGGCGCGCAUGCAUCAGGUAGCAGCGUCCAGCCUCCUCGUCCGCCACCAGUGAUAGAAAUAAAGAUCCAUUAUCGCAGCUUUGACCCUGUGACGGUGGCAGAGACUGUGUUUGGCGACCGCGAUCUUCCGAUUUUGGCAGUGAGAAGUCCUUACCGAGAAGACUACACCGACCUGCUGGAGCACUGGGACACAGACGGACUUGCUCUAUGGUAUACUCGCUGGGAGGAGUCUGAGCGUCCCAUAUAUUCAACUGCGGAAUCCGGUGACGACGCAAACGAUGAAGGUAGCGGUAGGGAUGAGCACGACCGGGAGGCAGGGGAGGAGUAA